GUCAGGUGGUUUUCUAGAAAUUGAAACUAAACUGAGCUCUCUGAAGCCUUUCCUAGGACCAGCCCAACCAAGCUCAGUCCUGGGAGGGUUUUCCAGGUUGAUGGUCGGUCUGCAGAGGGAUCCUGCGAAGCCAUCAGUAGUUGCCCCGGGGAGGACCAGGUGCUGCCAGGCAAGGCCAUGGCCCCUCUAUGGCUCCUAUGGAUGUGGCUGCUGGUCACAGGGACCCAAGGCGUGAAAGACGGUGACAUGCGGCUGGCUGGUGGGGAAGCUGACAAUGAGGGCCGCGUAGAGAUCUUCUACAGCGGCCAGUGGGCGGUGUGUGACAGCUUGUGGGACCUGACAGAUGCCAGCGUCGUCUGCCGGGCUUUGGGCUUCAGGAACGUCACCAAGGCUCUGGGCGGAGCCGCCUUCGGGCCAGGAAGCGGGCCCAUCAUGCUGGAUGAGGUGGAGUGCGAGGGGACCGAGCUCUCGCUGGCCGACUGCAGGUCCCUGGGCUGGAUGCAGAGUGACUGUGGACACAACGAGGACGCCAGCGUGAUCUGCACCAAAGAAACCAGAGGCGUCCACACCCUUGACCUGUCGGGCGAGAUCCCCGAGGCCCUAGAGCGGAUCUUUGAGAGCCAAACGGGCUGCGACCUGUUCAUCCAGGUGAAGGCCAAGGAAGACGAGCUGGGCCUCUGCGCCCACAAGCUGAUCCUGUCCGCCAACCCCGAGGCCCACGGCCUGUGGAAGGAGCCGAGCAGCAGGGUCACCAUGGAGGUGGACGCCGAGUGCGUGCCUGUCGUCAGAGACUACAUCAGGUACCUCUACUCCCGGAGGGUAGAUGUCUCUCUGGCGUCGGUCCAGUGCUUCCACCAGCUCGCCUCUGCCUACGGGGCCCAGCAGCUGCAGAGCUUCUGCGCGCACCUCUUUGCCGUCCUCAUCCCGCAGGACCGCUCUUUCCGGGCGCCCCUGGACCUCUACGCGUACGCCCUGGCCUCCAGGGACCCCGUGCUGGAGGAGGUCUGCGUGCAGUUCCUGACCUGGAACUUCGAGGCCCUGACGCAGGCCGAGGCCUGGCCGAGCGUCCCCGCAGCCCUGCUCCACAGCUUGCUCGCCAGGAGCGAGCUGGUCGUGUCCAGCGAGCUGGCCCUGCUCGCGGCCCUGGACGUGUGGAGCCGGGAGAGGGGCGCCUCCCACGGGGAAGUGGAGGGCUUGGUGGAGAAGGUGCGCUUCCCCAUGAUGCCGCCCAGGGACCUGUUCCAGCUGCAGUUUAACCUGUCCCUGUACCGGAGCCACGAGGCGCUCUUCCAGAGGAAGACUCUGCAGGCCCUGGAGUUCCACACGGUGCCUUUCCAGCUGCUGGCCCAGUACAGGGGCCUGAACCUCAGCGGGGACGCCUACCGGCCCCGGCUGUACACCUCGCCCCGCUGGAGCGCCAACCAGACGGCCUCCGCGUACAGCCCCUACGAGUCCUUCCAGACCCCCAAGCACCCCAGCUUCCUCUUCCAGGACAGCUCCGUCUCCUGGUCCUUCGUCUACCUCCCCACCGUCCAGAGCUGCUGGAACUACGGGUUCUCGUGCUCCCCCGACGAGCCCCCGCUCCUGGGCCUCUCCAAGACCAGCUCCUUGGAUCCCACCAUUGGCUACGAAAACAAGGCCCUGAUGCUCUGCGAGGGGAGCUUCGUGGCGGACAUCGCCGCCUUCAAGGACACGAAGGCCCUGAUCCCCAGUGCCCUGGGCACCAACAGCUCCCGGAGUGCCGCCUUCUUCCCCUGCCCGGCGGGGUUCUUCAGCAGCUUCCAAGCCGUCAUCCGCCCCUUCUACCUGACCAACUCUUCCGGUGUGGACUAGACCCAAGCCUGGGGUCCCUCCCCUGAUCCCCGAGCUGUGCCUUCUGCGUCCUAUGCCGCCUCUCUGCAGCCACCCCCGACGGCCACCAGAGGGCCCCCUGCUUCCACAGAUCUCUCCCAGCAUAAAGCAAUUACUGGAAGGUUUCAAGGAGCUGCGCCCCACGAGCCAAGAACUCCCACUUCCCACCGCCCUGCUGGUUUGUCAGGGAGCAAAGAGACAUGAGCGCGAGCUUUUGGGUUUCCCACAUGGCCUUCCGCUCUCUCCACCCUCUGCUGUUCCCUGUCUGAGAUCAUUAAAAUUGCACUGUGGGGAGUUCCCAUUGUGGCGCAGCGGAAAUGAA